UGCAAAGCGACCAAAGUUUUAAAGAUACGAGGUAGUAUAACGAGCUUCGUGAUCAGGCCUCUAAAAGGUAUCGAUUACGUAGAGCUACGUUUCAGUCUUGAUUUGUUUUCGAAGUACUGGAGAACGGUCUGGUUGAAUUUUAUCAGCCAUGGUAAGCUAUCUGGGGGUGUUUCGUUUCCUGGCCUGUGUUGCUGGUAUAGCUUUGUCAGUUUAUGCUCUUCAUGUGGAGAUGUCAAAGGAACACAACAAAGAAUACAAAGCUCUCUGUGACAUCAAUGAACCUAUGAGCUGCUCAAAAGUAUUUUCGUCAAAGUAUGGAACUGGUUUUGGCUUGGUUGAGCCACUUAUGGGCAAAGAUUCACCUCUCAAUGUUCCCAACAGUAUAUUUGGGAUUAUUUUCUACAGUUUGAUGUUACUUCUUGGUCUGACCUCCAACAAGUUUGCAGCUUGGCUGAUGUUCCUAUUUUCACUGAUGUCCUGUGCAGGAUCGAUAUAUCUGGGUUACAUUCUGUUCUACAUCUUACAUGACACAUGUGUUGUGUGUAUUUCAACAUAUGUGGUGAAUGCAGUCCUAUUGGUCAUUAGCUUGAUUACACUUAGAUCUGCAGGUGAAAGUGGAGAUAGAAAAAAGAAAAGAGAAUAAAUGUUAUUGACAGUAGUUUUUUUUUAACAUUGAUCAAUUUGAUGAAAUGAUACUUACUUUACAAGAGAUAAUGUGUAUGAUCCAUAACAAUAUUGAUUUUAAAUAAAAAAUUUUUAAAAUUCUCA